UUGUGAUGUAAACAAGGGUCCUCGUACAAAAUUUACGGAGAUUAGCCGCACAAUGGUAACCUGAGCUAAGUGAAGAAAAUGAAAAUACCCAAAAGAAAGCUGUUUCUUCUGAUUAUUUUUGCAUAUGUGGCAUUUUCGCUCUAUGCCGCUUAUAAUGUGUUCUUCAGCAACAAAGUAAUCUCCCGCGUUCACAGGGUUGUGAAGAAAGAGAGCAGCGCACCAGCGGGUGGUGUUAGAGACGGCGGAGCGCCGUUUGUUGCAGAUGAGUGGAAUCCGUGGGAGGAUGAGGAGGUGGAGUACAACUCUGCUUUGAACAAGAAGAGACAGGCCUUCAAACAGUACAUGACUCGAAUUGACAGGAACAAACCAAAAAGAUACAAGGUUCAAAUUUGGGGGAAAGCUGCCAUAGGUCUGUACCUUUGGGAACAUAUUUUAGAAGGACCCCUUAACCCAACUGACAAGGUAGCACAGUGGAGGGAAGGGGAGCUUCAGUCAGGAAAAGUCGAUUUCAGUUUUUACACCGGCCCAGCGGUUGUUCAGGGACACGUUCCUCUGGAAAUGAACAGCCUGAUUUUGGUUCUCAACGGCCGCGAACAGCAGAAGGUCUCUUACUCCACAAGGUGGCUGGAGCAUGUUCAAGCCCUGGUUCAGUCCAAUACGAUAUCUCAUGUGGCUGUGGUCCUGCUGGGCAACGAGCAGUGCAACAACGACUGGAUUGCCCCACACUUAAAGAGAAACGGAGGCUUUGUAGAUCUGUUGUUCCUGAUCUACGACAGCCCGUGGGUCAACGACAAGGAUGUCUUCCAGUGGCCCCUCGGUGUUGCCACAUACAGAGAGUUUCCUGUGAUCAGGCCUAAUGCACAGCUGAUAACUUCCAACCGGCCAUACCUUUGCAACUUCCUGGGUACUGUUUACAAAAAUUCCUCCAGGGAAGCACUGAUGAAUGUGCUAAGACAGUCUGGCCUAGAUAAGGAAUGCCUCACCACUGCCAGGGAAAAGUGGCUUUCCCAGGAAACAGCCGAUAGUCUGAGGCGCUAUCAGACAGCUCUGGCCCAGAGCGAGCUCACUCUCUGCCCGGUGGGGAUCAACACGGAGUGCUACCGCAUCUAUGAGGCAUGCUCGUAUGGCUCGGUGCCCGUGGUGGAAGAUGUUCUCAGUCCUGGGAACUGCGCAGCGGGUCCCGGCUCCCCGCUGCGUCUCCUGAAAGCAGCGGGGGCGCCCUUCAUCUUCGUCAACGACUGGAGGGAACUCCCGGCCAUCUUGGAGAGGGAGAGGGGAAUGAGCCAGGAGCAGAGGGUGGAUAGGAGGAGGAGGCUGCUUGAGUGGUACUCUGGCUUUCGUCAGCAGAUGAAGAACAGAUUCACAGAGGUCAUCGAAGAGAAUUUCUUCAAAACUGUCUAACUGGUUCUUUUAAAUCUCAACAUGGUUAACAUUAAAUAUUGAUUUCAUUUAUUCUGUUGUUUGUAGCAAAAAGUGAUGUACUAUUGACAUAGUGAACUUGCUGAUGUGCAGUGAUGUAUUCUGAGGCUGGUGUUUAAUAAAAAACAUUGUGGUUAAAUCGUAAAACUUGCCAUUAUUAGUAUAAACUCAGUAUAUUUUAAUUAAAAUGUUUACAGCUGUGGAAUGUACAAGCAUUUAGAAAUCACAAAUUGUAAGCUGCCUUUGCAUUUCACAGUCCCUCUUUUUAUUUUAAUUAUGUUUUGUAUCUUUGUUUUUUGCACUGGAAACUGUAAUAAAAAAAAAAAAAAUACUAAACAUUAUGUAUGAAAAAAACAAUGAUGUGCUUUUAAGUUUUGUGUAAAGAAAACCUUUAAAUACAAUUAAUUUUUUAUUAUGAGAAAGCUUAGACAUGAAGUUAUUGAUGUGAGAUGUCUUGUUUUUCUGAUCGACAUUAACAUUUGUUUAUUUGGGGGUUUUGGUUUUGUUCUAUUUAUUUUAGUUCUUCCUUGCAUGGACUUUUUAAAAAUGUGCAAUUCAAUAAAGUGGAGUGUUAUCUAAAAGAG